GCGGCACCAAAGCAGAAGAUUAGGAUCAAAUUGAGGUCAUACUGGGUUCCGCUGAUAGAGGAUUCUUGUAAGCAAAUUAUGGAUGCUGCAAGAACGACAAAUGCAAAGACCGUAGGUCCUGUACCACUGCCCACCAAAAAGAGAAUUUACUGUGUCCUCAAAUCUCCACAUGUUCACAAAGAUGCCAGGUUCCAUUUCGAAAUCAGAACUCACCAACGCCUUAUUGACAUUCUUUACCCGACUGCCCAAACUAUUGACAAGUUAAUGCUACUUGACCUUCCUGCUGGUGUUGAUGUGGAGGUCAAGCUCUGAGAAAACUGCUUCUACUCAUUAACGUUGUAGCCUUGUCUAUCUCCUACUAGUCCGUUUCUUGUUUUUUGUACUCGUAGAGACUUAUGCACAAUCUUUUCUUGGCGAAAAGUAGGGUAAACACAUGUAUUUUUGUGUAAUGAUUUGAUUACUCGAUUACUACGAAUCUUUUCAAUCUUA